UCUCGCUUGUCUUUUGUCUUAUUCUAUUCUUAUUCUUAUCCAUUCAUCAUCUUGUUUUUUACAUGGAAGUGGGUGAGAUUGUAUUUUAAAUUGUUAAAUACCUUAAUUUGUUUUAUUGCUUCAGAGAAUUUUGUGUUUGUUAGACGCAACUUCUUACAAAAUGUCAUCGGGUGUAGUAAAAGAUCAGGAAGAAGGGGAAAUCGUAGAUGAUGAUUAUGAGGAGAUUUCAGAUAACUCCAUGUCCUUUCCAUUGAAUGAAUCUGGUAAGUCUCAGUCUGUAAUAUGCUUGAGCAGUCUCAGUGAGUUCGAGGAAGAGGACCAUCAAAGGAGAGUUGGGAAAAUGCUGAAGAGGGGUCGGAAAAUGAAGCAUCAUGGUCACCAUAGGAGAAAGAAAAAGUACUUCGGAAAACUUCACAAGAGCAGAAAGUGGAAAAAGUUGCUUAAACAUAUAGAGUCUAGCUCUGAUGAUGAGUCUGUAGAUUGUCGUCUUGUUAGGAAACAACUUAAAGCUGCUAUCAGGGUUGAGUCACCCUCAGUUGAUACCAAAGUGAGAACUGAAGGAAAUCAAGUGAAUUGUUUGAAAAAUAGAUUAAUAGCCAUGACAAAACUAAAUGAUGACAGUGUCAUCGAGCAACAAUGUGAUAUUAUUAAGUCUGAUAAUGAGAACAGAACAGAUGAUCCGAUCAUAGAUUCUGGGGACACUUUAGAACAAACUGAUAUUGAGUUGACCCAGUUACGUUUAGAAGCAUUAAGAACAGCUGUAUUAAAUAAAUUUGAGGAUAGGAAAAAGAGGAAACAUGAGGAAUUGCAGAAAAAUCAGGAAUCACCAAAUAUUGAUAAUUUGGAGACCAACAAGGAGAAUAGCAUACAAGAAAAUGGGAAUAUUAAGCAGCCAUCUACAGAUAAGCCGAAUUUACAACCCACCACUCCCGAUGAAGAAGACGAAGAUGUUUUAAGGGCAAUGUUGCUAGCAUCUAUGUCAAGGAAAAUGCCUAAAUUUGCUGAGUCCAAAAGUCUCGAGGAACCUGUAGUAGAAAAGGUAAAGUCAAAUCAAAAUGUUGUAAAACCAUUUAUUGUUCAAGCAAAAAAACCUGUGCCAUUAAGACAACACCAAAUCAAACCAAUUAUUAUAAAUAUUGGUAGCGAUACAGAAUCAGAGGAUGAAAAAAGUACGACGGACAUUAUUAACACAAAAACUACAGAGCUUCCUGUAAAUGGAUAUCAAGUAGACAAAGAAAUAGAAAGUACAGUGGAAAAUUUCUUAAAAGAACAAAGAGCAAAGGUUGAUGAGGUUCAGGCUGUUACUAAACAAGUAGUUCCCCCCAAAAAUCCAACUGUUGAAGUAACUACACCAAAAUCCAAGAUUCAACCCAAAAGGAAUGAAUCUGCGGUACUAGAAAAGUCUUCCGUCAAAUUACUUACCAAAGAAAAACAGAUAGAAUAUCAGAAGCUUCUGCAGAGGUUAAAAAUGGCCCAGAAGAAGCCAAAAACGAGACGGGUUUCAGUUAGAGGGACUGAAGAGGGCAACAACUCGAGAAAAAAUGUAAAGACUAAGUUAAUCAAUUCUCCAAAACCCCCAAUAGCGAAUAAAUCUUUCAGUGUUCAGCAGGAUGCUGGAAAUUUACAUCUAAUUUUGAAGCAAAUGCAGAAGGAACAAAAUGGAAGAUUGCAGAUUGAGGAAAAAUAUGUAGUUCUCACUCCCAUCAUCAAGAAAAUAAACGAAGCAACGACAGAGAGGAGGAAAUACGACCAAGAAGUGAAGCGGUUGUUGGGAGCAUUGGCGGACGCAAAAAGGAAGUUGCAUAACUCCCACCAGACGUUUUCCAUGUAUGUUAAAGAAUUGACCAAGAUGAAGGAAGAGAUCGAUAAGAGACCUAAAACACCGAUUAAGAGGAACGGGAUAGCCACGCCGCCAUUAACAUCAACACCGAACACGUCUCAAAUCUCUGUAGCGCCACUAGACGUGAGCAAAGUUUCAGUUACUCUUAACACUACUUGUCCCAUUCCUGAUACCACCAAUAGCACCACUCUAAUAGCACCUACUAGUCAACCAUCCAGUCCCGCACCUAGCACUGUCUUAAUAUCUGAAACGAUGCUUGACAGAAGCGGUAGUGAGUGUAAUAUGGACAUCGAAGAGCAACACCAAGGGGAGAUCAUUGUAAAUUGUGUUGAUGGGAAGGCUGAAAGCGCAGAUGAGUUGUUGAGUUGCGGCGAUCCUAACGAUUUGUCGUUUUCCAUUGUUAUUCCGGAAACAGAGUCAUCUUCCAAGGGUAUUCCCGAAUAUGUAUCUCCUUUGGAUCACGUGAAAAGGGAAAGUCGGAUCGAUCCGUUCGUGAUUAUUUGCCCGUACGACAUCUGCGGUAAAUGUCGCGAUACAGAAUGCACUUACAAGCACUACGACAAAUAAGUGUAAGAAAACUUUCGAUUAUUUUCUUAGUUAUUUCUUCGGUGCCUAUUGUUUACUCGAUAUUUUAUUUAAGACUUAUUCAUUUCUAUAUCGUAGCAUUAUUGCUAUUUAGUACAAAUUUAAAUUAUUUAAACUUAAACAGUGUUUUUAUUUAAAAUUUUAAAAAUUUAAAUAAAAAUUUUAAUAAAAGACGUCGACUCGAUGAUGCGGUACGUUUGAACGUAUACCCGUGUAUAUUUGUUACAUAAGUGAUAUUAUUUUUGUACUUUAAUUAUAAUAUAAUAAAGAUCUUUUUAAAUCA